CCACGCGCGACCAAAAACAGUGUAAAUGGCGCUCUCCGCACAGAACCAGUCGACGUCGUACGUGAACUUGUAUUACUCGAUCGUCCAGCGUGCGGCGACACGCUACUUUAAGGAAUAUUACAACUCCGAUACUGGCGCGCCCUACGUAUUAUACAAGGACAACAUGGAGAGACCCCAGGGGCAAUGGGGCCCGGGGCCGGGAUCUCUCCAGGACGGGGGACUGUAUCCGCAGCAACAGCAACAACAGCAACAGCAAGGCUCCUCCUCGUCCGGCAGUCCACAGCAGGCCUGUGGUCCCCCUGUCGAGGGAGAAAGCGGUCCCCCGCCUUCGUUGGCCUCUCCCGUGCCCUCGCCGUACCCCUCGGCACCGCCUGAGCCUCAAGCCUUAACCCCACCCGACGACGAUAUACAAUCGAAUCAAGCCACCUCUCAGCAACAGCAGCAGCAACAACAACAACAACAACAACAGCAGCAGCAACAACAGACGCAACAGCAAGUCCAACAGCAGCAGCAGCAACAACAGCAACAGGUUCAGCAGCAGCAGCAGCAACAGACGCAACAGCAGGAUCACUCGCCUCAGCAACAACUGACGCCGCACGAGGUGGACCGUAGCGAUUGCUUUCCCGGCGCCGGGGAGCUGCAGCAAUACCCGCAACACUACUUCAAAGAGGCCAGGCCGCAUCCGUCGCCGUCCGUGCCGCCACACAUGCUCACGCCGGGCGGUUUCUCCGCGUUACACUACCUAAAGCAACCAGGCGUUAUGCUGACGUCCCUCGGCCAAGGGGACGGCGGGCCCAGUUUGGACGCUCACCAAUACGCGAGCCCCGGGGCACCGAACAUGGCGACCGGGUUGCCGGACAUCGUACAGCAGAGCGGCAAGUCCGGCAAGGGCGCGAACAGCGAUCUACGUUUGUUCAAGUGUCUGACCUGCGGCAAAGAUUUUAAACAGAAGUCGACGUUGCUUCAGCACGAGCGGAUCCAUACAGACAGUCGGCCGUACGGGUGCCCAGAAUGCGGGAAGCGGUUCAGGCAACAAUCGCACCUAACGCAGCACCUGCGCAUACACGCGAACGAGAAGCCGUACGCUUGCGUGUACUGCGAGCGUACGUUCCGGCAGCGUGCGAUCCUCAACCAGCAUCUGCGCAUCCACUCGGGUGAGAAGCCAUACCAAUGUCCGGAGUGCGGAAAACACUUCCGUCAGAAGGCGAUCCUGAAUCAGCACGUCCGCACACACCAAGACGUAAGUCCGCAUCUGAUCUUCAAGAACGGGAUGACGCCGACACUCUGGCCGCAGGACGUACCGUUCCCUCCGGAGGAGGGCAAGGAGGAAGUGGCGUCGACGUUCGGUGACACGGACACGCAGUCGGGGGCGUUCAGUCCGGCGCCGGACGCGAAUUCCAUCCAGUAUCCCGCGUACUUCAAAGACCCGAAAGGCGGUAAUCACGCGGUGUUCGGUGCCGGUGGUACGGGCAGUUUCGGUGCCCUCCAAUACAUAAAGCAACAAGGCGGUGGCAAGGGUUGUUUACCGGACGUGAUACAACACGGUCGCUCGGCGGGGAUGCCGCUUUACGUGCGUUGCCCGAUCUGUCAGAAGGAGUUCAAGCAAAAGUCCACGUUGCUGCAGCACGGUUGCAUACACAUCGAGUCGCGGCCGUACCCGUGCCCGGAGUGCGGCAAAAGGUUCAGGCAACAGUCCCACCUGACCCAGCACCUACGCAUCCACACGAACGAAAAGCCGUACGGUUGCGUCUACUGCGGUCGUAACUUUCGUCAGCGCACGAUCCUGAACCAACAUCUGCGCAUCCACACCGGCGAGAAGCCGUACAAGUGCCAACAGUGCGGCAAGGAUUUCCGUCAGAAGGCGAUACUGGACCAGCACACGCGCACCCACCAGGGCGACCGGCCGUUCUGCUGCCCGAUGCCCAACUGCAGGCGGCGUUUCGCCACCGAGCCCGAGGUCAAGAAGCACAUCGACAACCACAUGAACCCGCACGCGGCCAAGGUGCGCAGGAACUCGAGCAGCGACACCAAACCGCCGGGCACACCGGCCGGUCUGGGCCCGGUGCCCGUCCCCAGGGGACUCACGCCCACGGUGGUCAAGCCGGAGCUCUAUUUCCCGCAAUGUUACGCGCCCGCGUUCAACCAUCAGCCGCCGGUCUCGACCGCCCAGUUCCCCGGACAGGCGAACGGCGUGUCCGUCGCCGGCGAAUUCAAACCACCGACCGGUCUGCCGCCACAGUGACUAACCGUCCAUCCUGCCGCCUACUAGCAAGCAGGAAUACCGCUGAGGUUUCAGCGAUGCUUCGGUCACGCGUUACAGACCGACGCCGCCGCGACGGCGUCGAGCGUUGCGUCCCACCGAUGCAACC